CCUCUCCACAUCCGCGACUUGCCAUUGCUGCCUCACUGCACAUCCUACACAAUGCUCCAACAACGGUCGUCACGAUUGCUUUCUUCGCUAUCCCAUUGCACUUCGCGUUCGUUUGCAGCACCGCUCAGCGCAUCGCUGCGAUGUCGGACUCAGAGACCAUACAGCAUCCACGCUGAUGCCUCUGUUGGCACAAACGUCCGCGAUAUCGACCCCAAGAAGCUCACAAUCACCUCGACGACAACUCCAAAAGAUUUGUUGCCCCCGGCGGAGCUCAUCUUCGGGCGCAACUUCACAGACCACAUGCUCUCGCUCGAAUGGACAGCAACAGAAGGAUGGCUGCCAGCGAAGAUCACGCCCUACCAGAACCUCAGUCUCGACCCUGCCACCUGCGUCUUCCACUAUGCCUUUGAGUGCUUCGAGGGCAUGAAGGCCUACAAGGACAAGAGUGGAAACAUCAGGCUGUUCAGGCCGGACAAGAACAUGGCGCGUUUGAACAAGUCAUCGGCGCGCAUUGCAUUGCCCAACUUUGACGGAGAGGCUUUGAUCAAGCUCAUUAGCGAAUUCGUCAAGCAGGAUGCGCGCUUCAUUCCCGAUGCACGCGGCUACUCGCUCUACCUUCGCCCGACCAUGAUUGGCACUCAGCGCACGCUCGGCGUUGGUCCCCCAGCUUCCGCGCUGCUCUACGUGAUCGCCUCGCCCGUUGGCCCAUACUACCCGACAGGAUUCAAGGCUGUGUCGUUGGAGGCUACCGACUACGCCGUACGCGCAUGGCCGGGAGGUGUUGGAGACAAGAAGCUGGGAGCCAACUACGCGCCCUGCAUCAUCCCCCAGAUGCAGGCUGCGAGCCGUGGCUUCCACCAAAACUUGUGGCUGUUUGGUGAGGAGGAAUACGUAACUGAGGUUGGCACCAUGAACUUGUUCGCGGCCAUAAAGAACAAGGAGACUGGACAACCCGAGCUGCUCACCGCACCGCUUGAUGGAACGAUCCUCGAUGGCGUCACACGAGACUCCAUCCUGGAGCUUGCACGGGAACGAUUGGUGCCCAAGGGCUGGAAGGUGCUGGAACGCAAGUUCACAAUGAAGGAGAUCUCGGAUGCUAUCGAGGAGGACCGCAUGAUGGAGAUCUUUGGCUCUGGUACCGCCGCCAUUGUCAGCCCCGUGCGCAAGAUUAGCUGGAAGGGACGCCUUCUCAGUUGCGGCUUGGCGGACGACGUCGAGGCGGGUCCUAUUGCGCUGCAGAUGAAGGACUGGAUGGAGGCUAUUCAGUAUGGCGACGAGGACCACCCCUGGAGUUACAAGGUGACGUAGAAACACUCGCCGACCAGUGGCGGGGUGUCAUUCAGCCC